GUGGCUCUUUAUUGUUCCAGCAGAACGCUCAAUGCGCGGCUGUGGCCACAUUUGUUUCAAUGGCUGCCGCACAGAAACCACGUCCCACCUGAGAGGGAGCGGUUCAGCUGCGAACACAGGAGCCCGCCGAAGCCCGAAGUUAGCCGCAGAACAGCGCCGUGUGCGGAAUAAACGCUCUUUUACUGACGGACAAUCUGUGGAUCCUGGAGGAAGAGGGGACGUGAACAGAGGUCCCUGCAGCUCGACAGCCCUUUACUGCACCGUCUGUCACCAUGGUGGAACCAGCCGAUAGGCCGUCCACAGCCGGACAGAGGCUGGGCGCCCCGGAAAGCUUUGGGGUGUCGACCCUGGAGCCCGGCCUUCGUCCUCCUGCUCAGCCUCCAGGACGACUAGUCUCCAUACGGGUGCAGAUGCUCGAUGACACACAGGAAGUCUUCCAGAUAUCGCAACGUUCGCCCGGCAAAGUGCUGUUCGACCUGGUCUGUGUCCAUCUGAACCUGUCAGAGGGAGACUACUUUGGACUGGAGUACCAGGACCAGCGCAAGAUGACGGUGUGGCUGGAUCUGCUGAAACCGACGCUGAAGCAGAUCAGAAGGCCUAAAAACACCAUCCUUCGCUUCGUGGUGAAGUUCUUUCCCCCUGACCACACACAGCUCAUGGAGGAGCUGACUCGGUAUCUGUUCGCCCUGCAGAUUAAACGUGAUCUGGCCUGUGGUCGCCUGAUCUGCAACGACACCAGCGCCGCCCUUAUGGUGUCCCACAUCAUUCAGUCCGAGAUCGGGGACUUCGACGAGACCCAGAGCUGGCAGCAUCUCCUGCACAACAAGUACCUGCCCGACCAGGACGCCAUCCGAGACAAGAUCACCGACUGCCACCGCAAGCACGUCGGACAGACUCCAGCAGAGUCGGACUACCAGCUGCUGGAAAUCGCCCGGCGGUUAGAGAUGUACGGUGUUCGUCUGCACCCGGCGAAGGACCGAGAGGGAACCAAGCUGAGCCUGGCUGUGGCGCAUACCGGGGUGCUGGUGUUCCAGGGCUACACAAAAAUUAACGCCUUCAACUGGUCCAAGAUUCGCAAACUCAGCUUCAAACGCAAAAGAUUUCUGAUCAAGCUGAGAGCCGACCCCACUCAGAACGCCCAUCACGACACGCUGGAGUUCGCCAUGGCCAGCAGGGAUUGCUGUAAGAUUUUCUGGAAGAUCUGCGUCGAGUAUCACGCCUUCUUCAGGCUCUUCGAGGAGCCAAAGCCCAAACCUAAACCCAUCCUGUUCACCAGAGGAUCCUCAUUCCGGUUCAGCGGUCGAACCCAGAAGCAGAUCAUCGAUUAUGUGAAAGACUCGGAGCUCAAAAAAGUUUCAUUUGAAAGGAAGCACAGUAAGAUUCUGUCCAGCGGUAGCAUGUCUCCACAAUCUUCUUCCUUCAGAUCGCAAGUGCCAAGAGAGAGUGCCAUGUCGGUCCCGUUAGCAGACCAGCCUGACUCGGCCAGACUGGGCCAUCAAGCUGAAUCUAAUGGUUCAGAGGAGCCACCGGUGGUCGCACAUCCCACCAACGGUUUCCACAACGUAUCAGCAGCACCUGGAUCAGACCCAACUCAACCCCGACUGAACCACCACCACGGCAUAGACCAGCAGCUCCUCAACCCAGGAAGUCCCGCUUCACAGGACUCUCCACUGGGAAGUCCCCGUGUGGUUGUUAACGGCAACGCCUCGGUGAACGGGCAGGGCGUCGGCGGCGUCCUGGGUCCAGGGCAGAUUCCUGAGGGGCAGCAGCUAUCACCACUUACCAGCCCGCUGCUCACUGAAGCUGGAUACGUCCGCAAUGAGGAUGAGGAUGAGGCGAGGAGGAAGAAGUUUCCCACAGACAAGGCCUACUUCAUAGCAAAGGAACUGUUAACCACAGAGCGGACCUACCUCAAAGACCUGCAGGUCAUCACGGAGUCGUUCCCGAGCGCCGUGGGCAAGGACGAGGCGUUUCCAGACUCCGUAAAGAACAUGAUCUCUGCCAGCUACGAUCCGGUUUACAUCUUUCACCAGGGAUUCCUCAAAGAGACGGAGCAGCGGCUGGCUCAGUGGGAGGGCCGAUCCAACGCCCACAUUAAAGGAGACUAUCAGAGAAUUGGUGAUGUUUUACUGAAGAACAUUCAGGGCCUGAGGCAGUUGACUGUUCAUCUGCAGAAACAUUCAGAGUGCCUGGUGGAACUGGAACGGGCCUGUAGGUCCAGUCGGAAGGUGGAGUCUCUUUGCCGAGACUUUGAGCAGCAGCGAGUUUGCUACCUUCCCCUCAACAUCUUCCUGCUGAGGCCUCUGCACCGCCUGCUGCACUACAAACUGAUCCUGGAGCGGCUGUGCAAGCACUACCCGCCCACCCACGACGACUUCAGGGACUGCAGAGCUGCCCUCGCCGACAUCUCCGAGAUGGUGCUGCAGCUUCAGGGCACCAUGAUGAAGAUGGAGAACUUCCAGAAACUUCUAGAGCUGAAGAAAGAUCUGACCGGCAUUGAUAACUUAGUCACUCCUGGAAGGGUCAGACUCUUGAAUUUAUCGAGCCAAUCUUUGCUUUAUAUUAGUCAUUUUCACGUCAUUUACCGUGUGUUUGAUUUGCAGGAGUUUAUUCGGCUCGGCUGCCUCAGCAAGCUGUCAGGGAAGGGCCUCCAGCAGAGGAUGUUCUUCCUGUUCAGUGAUUCCUUGGUGUACACCAGUCGAGGAAUGACCCCGUCCAAUCAGUUCAAGGUUCACGGUCAGCUGCCUCUCUUCGGCAUGACGAUCAGAGAAAGUGAGGAGGAGUGGGGAGUCCCUCAUUCGUUCACCUUGUUCGGGCAGCGCCAAUCUGUGGUGGUGGCAGCCAGCUGUGCGUCAGAGAUGGAGCGCUGGGUGGAGGACAUCAGGAUGGCCAUUGACCUGGCAGAGCAGAGCAGCAGCCCAAACAAUGAUCUGCUCUCCACCAGCCUCUCUGACAACAAGCUGUCGGAGGACGGUGGAGGCGAUCAGGAGUCGGAGGAGGAGCUCGGCGGCUCGCGCUCGUCUCUGGAGCGUCAGGGUCACCGUGGCAACACCACCGUGCACGUCUGCUGGCACCGCAACACCAGCGUCUCCAUGGUGGACUUCAGCGUCGCCGUGGAGAACCAGCUCUCCGGAAACCUGCUGAGAAAGUUCAAGAACAGUAAUGGGUGGCAGAAGCUCUGGGUGGUUUUCACCAACUUCAGCCUCUUCUUCUACAAGUCACACCAGGACGACUAUCCUCUGGCCAGCCUCCCUCUGCUCGGCUACUCCGUCACCGUCCCGGCGGAGUCAGAAAACAUCCACAAGGACUACGUCUUCAAACUCCACUUCAAAUCUCACGUCUACUACUUCAGAUCAGAGAGCGAGUACACAUUUGAAAGGUGGAUGGAGGUGAUCCGCAGCGCCACCUGCUCCGCCAGCCGCUCACUGCCCAACACCAGGAAGGACCUUUACUGAUGAAUCCUCCUCAUUGUUGCCGCCUGGACACCAGAAGAGACUCUCAUUACAGCCACAGAAUGGUGUUGCACACAGCAGACACUAAUUAAUACCUCUGAACAGCUGAUUCACCCUCACUCGGGGCUCCUCCCUCCUAUUACACACUUCCUGCACCUCUAACAUCCACCAUCUUAUUCAUUAUGUCAUUUUAUUGUGUCCGGUGCCAAACUGGAAGCACAAACUCUUGCCGGUGGUGUUUUUUUUUCCACAUUAUUGAGUGUUGUUCACAUGCACACACUCACAAACCCACGGAGGAUUUUAUUUUUUAUCAUAAACCUGAAUUAAAUGCGUUAAAACAAGGGUUUGUGCACCAUGUUGUAUUACUUCCUCGCUCUUUGUAUCUUUUUCAAAUUAAAAAAAGAGGUUUUAAUCAUUUCUAUGUGACAAGCUGUGUGCAUGUGAAUGCACUUUUUUGAAAAUCGGUGUCACAAUCUUUAUAUAAUUUGAUGAUUUAAAUGUGAUGGACACAAUUACAGAAUCGUGUUUUCCUUUUUGUAAGGCGACUUUUUGUACAGUACUUUGAUACACUGUGAAAAUGUUCUUCUCAAUCAUUUGUCUAUGUUUUUUCUUCUAAUCUUUUUUGUCUUGUUUAAGGGGGACAAACUGAUUUCAACACUUUGAACCUGCUUCCAAAGCCAACUGAGAUUUUGCUGGUUUAUUGCCAAUUACCUUCUUUUCAGUAUUCCUCCAGUUGUCUGGAUUUUCCUAUUUUAAAUAAAGAUGAGAAAAAUAAUGUGUUCA